AUGCAAGUGGCCACUCUCACCCUGGCGUUGUGCUGGGCCUAUCCAGCUUCCAUCUAUCUAUCAUACCUCUUUUCUAGGCUCGCCAUCGCCCUCUGGCAAAAGAAGGAAGAAGGCGCCGCAACACCAUGGUACAAGAAGACCCGUAAAACGGCCUUCACUGCCAUAUUCUGGCUUCAAUUGCUGCAAUGUGUCAAUCUGGUAAUAUUCAUAGGCAUCAUUGGCCUUCACCUCAGCAAGGGCUUCAAGUCAGAAGCAUGGUGGAUUAAUAAGGAAUAUAUGGCAUCGAAUAUCGCGGUCAUAAUGUUUCUUGUUGCUGGGCUACUACCAGACCCCGAUGAGCCGUUCUCUCCGUCCCUAUCUCACGCCCAUGCAUGGAUACUUGCCGCAGUCACAGAGGCACUUCAAAUUGCCAUGUUCUGCUUCCAAUUUGGAAAAGAUCCUGUUAACUCCGGGAUGGAAAGUGUUCAACUAGGUCUGCUUAUGCUUAGAAUUGGAUUCUUUGUCGCCAUGGCAGCUAUCUAUCUCCAACCUAUGUAUGCGUGGUCCCAUAUCAAACUUGGUGAGACCGACCCUCUGCUAGGCGAAAUUGCUGCGAAGCCAGUACGUGAUGCGCAGCAUGGAGGAUGGCUGGACUACGUUGUCGGCUUUAGCACCCUCUUUCCAUACCUCUGGCCAUCAGACUCACGGAGAUUGCAGCUUCGUGCAGUAUUUUGCUUUUUCCUUUUGAUUCUUCAACGCAUAGUCAAUAUCUUGGUGCCACGCCAGUUAGGUUUCGUCGUUGCCUCCCUUGGGUCUGGUACAAUUCCUUACAAGCAGCUUGCAAUCUAUCUCGUCUUGAGGGGAUUACAGGGUCAGCAAGGUGUUAUUGGAUCCAUUAGAGCCCUUCUGUGGAUCAGUGUCAGCCAGUCAACAUAUAGGAGGCUCACAUCUUCAGCAUUUGAACAUGUCCUCUCCCUCUCCCUUGAAUUCCAUCUUGGCAAGCGGAUCGGCGAGGUCAUGAGCGCACUAAGCAAAGGGAGUGCCUUGAAUACAUUUUUGGACGGCCUGAUAUUCCAGCUGUUCCCCAUGGUGGCUGACUUGUGGAUUGCCGCUUUGUACUUCUUGAUUGAAUUUGGUGCCUUUUAUGCUUUGAUUGUCAUCUCCGUUACCUGGCUAUAUCUAUUCGUCACUAUCUACAUGGCAAAAUACCGUGGCCGAGCAAGACGUGAGAUGGUAAACCGUGAACGUGAAAUGGAAGCUGCAAAGACGGAUGCUCUAAUGUCUUACGAAACGGUUCACCACAAUUCAGCAGUUCCCAAUGAACUCAGCCGAUUCAAUGGACUGAUCAAAUCCUUCCAGGGCGCUGAGUACUUUGUAUUCUUUUCCCUAAACAUGCUGAAUGCUACCCAGAACCUGCUAUUUACAGCAGGGGUUGCCAUCGUCUGUCUACUAUGUGCUUAUCAGAUAUCCGCUGAUAUGCAGAAAGUUUCUAUGUUUGUUACUUUGAUCACAUAUCUGGCUCAGUUGCAAGCUCCUCUAAACUUCUUUGGAAGCUUUUACACGCAAGUUCAGAACAAUCUGAUUGAUGCAGAACGAAUGUUGGCUCUAUUCAAGGAGAAGCCCCUGAUUCAGGACGGGGACAAUGCUAUGCCGCUAAACUACUGCAAAGGCAAAGUAGAAUUCAAAAAUAUCAAUUUUGCCUAUGAUGAACGCCGCCCGGCGCUUCGAGAUGUUAGCUUUGUCGUGGAGCCUGGCACUUCAACCGCAAUAGUUGGAGAAAGUGGUAGCGGGAAAUCCACUAUCUUAAAGCUGCUGUUCCGAUUUUACGACGUUGCAGGGGGGUCUGUCCAAGUGGACGGCAUGGACGUUCGUGAUAUGACCAUUGCAAGUCUACGCAGCCAUUUGGGUGUUGUACCACAAGAUGCAAUCCUCUUCAACGACACUGUGCUCUAUAACCUGUUAUACGCACGACCAGAAGCAACUAUGGAACAGGUAUACGAAGCCUGCAGGGCUGCUAGUAUCCAUGAUCGGAUAAUAAGCUUCCCAGAUGGCUAUGAGACAAAAGUUGGUGAACGAGGGCUGCGGCUUUCCGGUGGAGAGAAGCAAAGAAUAACUAUUGCAAGGACCUUCCUUAGAUCUCCUCAAAUACUGCUCCUUGACGAAGCUACGGCUUCGCUAGACUCCCAGACGGAGCGUCAGAUCCAAGGGGCUCUUGAGAAAAUAGCCAAAGGCCGAACAAGCAUCACCAUUGCUCACCGACUGUCUACGAUCACUAAGGCAGAUCAGAUCAUCGUUCUACACCAAGGACGUGUUGUCGAGAAGGGUACCCAUACCGAACUGCUGUCUGCAAAUGGGAUGUAUAGCCAAAUGUGGGAGAAGCAGACGAAGGCAAAAGUCAAGGCCGACAGUGAGAAUGAUGGAAAUUUGCUGAUAUUCCCUGAAUAA